UCCCCUCUCUCCCCACUCCUCCUCCCCCACUCCAGGUGCUGGCGACGUCGUUUGACCCGUACCUGGGCGGCCGUGACUUUGACGAUGUCCUCGUGGACUACUUCUGCACGGACUUCCAUGCCCGCUACCACAAGUUGGACGUGCGGUCGAGGCCCCGGUCGCUCCUCCGCCUCUACCAGGAGUGCGAGAAGCUGAAGAAGCUGAUGAGCGCCAACUCCACCGACAUCCCCAUCAACAUCGAGUGCUUCGUCGACGAGAUAGACGUCUCGGGACGCAUGAACCGUGCCCACUUUGAGGAGCUGUGUGCCCCUUUGCUGAGCCGCGUGGAGAAACCCCUCAAGGAGAUCAUGGAGCAAGCCAACCUGAAGAUGGAUGACGUGUGCUCGGUGGAGAUCGUGGGUGGAGCGACUCGCAUCCCCUCCAUCAAGGAGCGCAUCCUGCACUUCUUCGGCAAGGAAGUACGGACGACUCUCAACGCGGACGAAGCCGUGGCCCGUGGCUGUGCCCUGCAGUGCGCCAUGCUCUCCCCGGCGUUCAAGGUUCGCGACUUCUCCGUGACCGACGCUGUCCCAUACCCCAUCUCCCUGCGCUGGACAUCCGAAGUCGAGGACAAUGAGGGGCACUGCGAGGUGUUUGGCCGUGGCCACGCCAUCCCCUUCUCCAAGGUCCUCACCUUCUACCGCAAGCACCCCUUCCAGCUGCAGGCCGCUUACAGCGACCCCGCCAGCCUGCCCUUCCCCAACCCCAACAUCGGCUCCUACGUGGUACAGAGCGUGUGCGCUCGCCCCGACGGAGACAGUGCCAAGGUGAAGGUGAAGGUGCGGGUCAACGGCCACGGCAUCUUCGGCGUGUCCGGCGCCUCGCUCGUUGACAAGACGCCCGUGCCGGACAACGCCGCCGGCAACGCCGGCAACGCCGGCAACGCCGGCAACGAGUCCCAGGAGGCCGGCAGCUCCGUCCCCAUGGAGACGGAGCUGAGCUCGGCGGCAGCGGCGGCGGCAGCGGCAGCGGCGGCAAACGCUCAGGGGGCAGAGGCGGGCAGCAGCAAGGAGGAGAGCGAGAUGCAGACUGACGCUGACGAAGGGGCCCAGCUCCCAGAGUCGCCGGGGUCGGAGGCUGCGGGAGAGGCCAAGGAGGCGAGUGGUGAGGCCGGCUCUGGCGCCCCGGACACGAAGAAGCAGAGGGUGAAGGUUCGCAACGUCGAGCUGCCGGUGGAGUCCCACCUCGUGUGGGAGCUCACUAGGGAACAGCUCCACUGCUUCGUAGAGAACGAGGGCAAGAUGAUCAUGCAGGACCGUCUGGAGAAGGAGCGGAUCGAUGCCAAGAACGCCGUGGAAGAGUUUGUCUACGAAUACCGGGAAAAAAUCUGCGGAGUCUACGAAAAGUUUGUGGGCGACCAGGACCGGGCCAAGCUGAGCGAGCUGCUGGAGAGGACUGAGGAGUGGCUCUACGAGGAGGGGGAGGAUCAACCCAAGCAGUCGUACCUGGACAAGCUCGCUGAACUCAAGAAACUCGGCGCCCCCAUCCAGGACCGCUUCCGCGAGAACGAGGAUCGCCCACGGGCCUUUGACGAGCUCGGUCGCCUCGUGCAGCAAUACAGCAAGGUGGUGGAGGCCUUCAAGAGCGGGGACGAGAAAUACGAGCACCUGGCGAGGGAGGAGGUGGCGAGGGUGGAGGGGGCCCUGGCGGAGGCCCAGGCCUGGCUUAACGACGCCAUGAACCAGCAGGCCAAGCGCAGCCUGCACCAGCAGCCCGCAGUCACCGUCGCCGAGAUCCACAGCAAGCGCAAGGAGCUGGAGUCUGCCUGCAAGCCGGUGGUCACAAAGCCCAAGCCCAAACCCGAGCCCGAGGCGCCCCCCAAGGCCGAGACAUCGACGCCGCCUCCUCAGGCUCAGCCUCAGCCUCAGGCUCAGCCUCAGGCUCAGCCUCAGGCGUCGAACCCCGAGCAGAACGGCCCGGCCAACGGCCACGAGGCCAGUGGGGGGCAGCAGCAGCAGCAGCAGGGAGGGGGGGGGGCCAAGGGCAAGGCACCGCCCGGGCAGGCGGGCGCUGAGGGCAGCUCCCCGGGCCAGCCACACAACGGGGAGACUCGGGGCCCGGCCACACGCAUGGAUCUUGACUGAUUUGUGAUAAAGCCGGGUUGUGGGGGGGGGGGGCA